GCUCUUUCUUUCCGCCACCACAGAAGAUCGAUCCUGCGCGCAACAGCAUGGAUCCCAUGACGGACAGUUUGCGAGAGGCAAUCUCAAACAUGGACAUUACCAACGACCAAGGCCGAUCGAGCGGCAACGGUUUUCUCGCACCACCUUGGAAAGAUAUUACACAGUUUCUUGAUGAAGCAACUGAUGAUUUCCAAGUCGGACAGCUCGUUCACCUCCAAUCAUUCACUUUGUUUGAUGCCAUGAGCGCGAUUGAAAUUAUGGACCCAAAAAUGGAUACAGGCAUGGUGUUAGACGGCGACGAUAACACGAGUCAAACGUUUGAUAUAAACCGAGCACUCGACCCUGGUGAGCUUUUAUGGAUCAUGGAUCGACUCUUAAGCUGUGAAAUGGCAUGGAUAUCAGGUCAUUCCUUGGCACAGACCGUGUAUACCAGCACAUAUUUUCAUCAUAUCCGAGAGCUAGCGUCCGAGCAAUAUGAAAAGAGUUCCGAAUCCACAAUACGCAAUGCUUUAAAGGCGUAUCUUCUCGGCUCAGUCAAAUGCUGUCAACAUAUAUUCAAUGAAAUGUCUGCCUGUAACGUGUAUGAGGAAGAGGAUUUCACUACAAACUUGUUUGGAUUGUCACUCUACGAACAAUACACGGAUUCGAUGGUGAUGAACGAAAUUGAUACCUCGCUUAUGGAACUACGCGAACUGGUGGAUAAGGCCAAUCCAAAUGGUCUAUCCACACAUUCCGCUGCGGAAUUAGCUCCUUUGUACAACCGUUUAUACAUGCGCAAGUCAUAUUUGCUUGGCCUGAUCUAUGUAUCACAUACACAAUGUUCGUACUUAUCCCAUGCCAAGGCCGAAUUUGAGAAUAUCUUGCAGCUGUUGAACGUCAAAGAGGAUCAGCUUUCGAUUUCUGCAACCAUCAGCAAAGGAAAAGUGGUUGAAGGAGCAUUUGAUCCUAGUAUCAAUCGUAAACUGACAGCACAGGCGCCUCCUCGACCAAUUACCUUGCCUUCCGAUGAAGAGUCCUACGGGCAUUUCCAAGAACUCAUCGGACGAUUGAUCUCGAUCUGUGGAGUGACUCAAUACCCAUCCAUUGUAUCUCUAUUAAAUUAUUUCAAAAGCUUUGGUGCCAAACAACCCCCUCCAGACGCAUUUUCUCGAUCCAAAUUAAACUCACUCUUGUACCAUGAUUCACGCGUAUUUGGAACAGAUUCUGUGGUCAACUUUGUAUCACUAGCUAUUGACGAACUUGUACGACCUCCUCGAUGGAUUCUUUUCCCUGGAUCUAUACGCGUUCCUGAACAUGUGUCGUCCUCACCACUUUUAGACGAAACCCGAAAAGCGCUCAGCGAGUUCCUCGAACGUGCUGCUCUGCCUUUUAUAGAUUAUUUUAAAAUACAAUGUCACAAUCGCUCACGCCAACGUAGAAUAAUGUGUAAAGUACUUAAUGAAUGGGAAAUGCUUCAAGACGAGGCCGCAGUAAUCGAUGAAAAGAUUCAAAAUUUAGCACAUUUCGAUUCUCCACAAAACUAUUUCUCAUCAUGGGCUUACCUUGUCAAACUUGAAAUGAUGGAAACAAUUGUUCUGCUUGGUUUUGAAUUGGAAUUGUACGGUAGUAACGAAUAUGUAAUGAUGUACUUGUACCUAAUAGAAGUGCUGAAAGCUCAGGAGCUAUUACUAGAGCACGUUCAAACACAAAUUGUUUUACAGCGAAACGAAGCUUCAAAUGUCGAUAAGAAGGGCAAAGGCAGAAAAAUCCCACAAGAGACCACUGCUUCGUUCGACCACGCAAUUCAAUGUGUCCAAAGUCAACGAUACCAGAACGAAGCACAAAUCCGGAUGGCGAGCGGCAUUUGCAAUCUUUUACUGGCGGUUAUAUAUGAAACGCAUCAACUAGACUUAUUGAAGCCACGAUUCGAUGAUGAGGCAACACGAUUCCGCCAACGAACCAAACCUUUCUUGGGCAUAGCAUCUCCACCACAACCAACCGUUGAGGCAAUAGCAAAGACGAUCGAAACGAAUGCCUCGUUGGAUAAAAAUGAUAUAUUAGCUCAUUUACAAGCGGCAUUAAAAAAAAUUGAGAUGGUCAACAAUAUGUCGACUGAACAAACAAGAACGGAAAUGUGUCGAGAUUCAUUUAAUCAGGACAUGGCCGGGAUGAAGCGUACUUGUUUAGGAAAUAUCAUCACCAUUAAGAAACUUUCUGACGAGAAAAACAACUCGACGAAGGUAGACGUUACCUUCAGAUAUCAUCCGUCUUGGCCUGUCAUUGAAUUGAAAUAAUGUAUAAAAACCACAACUACUGCUGCUUUUCGUACAAAAAAAAGCAGAAAAAAGUAUUUAUAUAAUAGACCUAAAAAAACUGUAUAUUUAUCUAUCAUUGAAUAAGAGUGUUUUCUGUCAGGCAUCGCCG